AUGAAGACUUCCUGUGGCCACUAUAAGGACAUCCUGCUGGCCCUGGAGCGGUCAACCAAUCAGAGUCGAGAGAUCCAGGAGUGGUGGAUUGUUGACCAACCCGCCACAAGCCUGGUGCAUGUUGGGGGCCGAGCCUCAUUGAGUGACAGGAGGGAGGCAGGGCUUCAGCUUUUUGUGUUCAGUGAUAAAGUCAGCCCUCCGAGUCUCGGCUUCCUGGCUGGAUACGGCAUCAUGGGAUUGUAUGCCUCGGUGGUGUUGGUGAUUGGGAAGUUUGUGCGAGAGUUCUUCAGUGGGAUCAGUCACUCCAUCAUGUUCGAGGAGCUGCCCUGCGUCGACCGCAUCCUCAAACUCUGCACCGACAUCUUCUUGGUGCGAGAGACAGGUGAGCUGGAGCUGGAAGAGGAGCUUUACGCCAAACUGAUCUUCCUGUAUCGAUCACCAGAGACUCUGAUCAAAUGGACCCGACGGUGACCUCAUUGAUCGAUAAAGCACUGAUCACGCAGACUGAACUGUUCUCCAGAUGUUACUUUAAAGAACUUUAUUUUGGAGAUUGAAGAAACAGGAACCAGAACAUUACCAUAUGAUUGGACGCUGCUGCCGUCACUCCGACACUGACUGACAUACAAGGACUAACAGAAGACAAGUAUAUCUGAGUCUCCCUUUUUCCAGAACCUUUUCAAGCACUUGUAUAGGGUCUACAAACAGGAAGUAAUGUCAAACACUUCUGAGCUGUAAAUGAAAAAUAGUCCCGUCACACAGCUGUUUACACAAAUUUGUAUUUAUUUUUCUGUUAUGUCUCAGUGUUACUAUUAGCACUAUUUUAGCUUUAUGUUAGCUGUAAUUCUACUUUAGCUUUAUAUUAGCUGUAGUUAGCUCUGUGAUCGCUCUAGUUUGGCUGUAAUUCUACUUUAGCUCUACAUGAGGCCUGUAUGGUCUACAUUAGCACUAUCUUAGCUUUAGUUUGGCUCUGUCAGCUCUGUAUUGGCUCUGUGCUAUAGCUUUCAUUAGCACUGAAUGGCUCCAUGCUAGGUCUACUUUAGCUCUACAUAAGCUUUAUGUAAGUCUGCUCUAGCUACAUUAGGUUAAUAUUAGCUCUAGGAAAGUUUUAGGGUUAGGGUUAGGGUUGCAAUUUCCCAGCUUGGGAUCAAUAAAGUAUAUCUAUCUAUCUAGCUCUACAUUAGCUUAAUAUUAGCUCUAGCUAAGUGUUAGCUAGCUCUCCUGCCCUCACAGGAACAUCAGAGUUACAGGAGAGUGAGGGAGCUGCCAAUAAGAUGUGUAAUCAGAGGAAAUGAGCGAAAACGCUGUUCAAAUAGUCGCAACGUGACACUGGAAUCACAAAGUAUUUAGUCCAUGUCACUUUCUAGUGACAUAAAGCUGAAGUCAAUGUAACAGAUUUAGAAUAAAUGUUGUUGUUUGAAGGUUUUACAGUGAAUUUCUUUGUGUUUCCGUCACUUUAUUAUCCGUAAAGUUUCAUGUGAAUAUUUGGAUCAGUGAAAAUGUGACAAUAAAACAUUUCUUUAACAGACA